AUGAUUAAUAAUAUGUACCACAAUAAUAAUAAUAAUAAUAACAAUAAUAACUUUAUUUAUCAAGAUGAUGAAAAUGGAAAUAUAACACUUAUAACAACCCCUUCUAAACCCAAUGGAGGUAAAAUGAGAAUGUCUCAUUGUAAAGCGACCAUUUUAACAGCAGAUAUAGGUAAUGAAAUUAGAGAAGUUUGGAACCACAACUUAGAGUAUGAAAUGUCACUAAUAAGAGAUAUAGUCGAUAGCUAUCCGUGUGUAGCAAUAGAUACAGAAUUUCCCGGAUUUGUAAAUAAACCCAUAGAAUCAAUGAGAAUGAAUCCAGACUACAACUAUCAAACAUUAAGAUCAAAUGUAGAUUUAUUAAAGAUUAUACAAUUUGGUAUUACAUUUUCAGAUGAUAAAGGCGAACUACCACAUCCAUCAUGCACAUGGCAGUUUAAUUUUAAAUUUAGUCUAAAAGAGGAUAUGUAUUCACCCUAUGCCAUAGAAUUAUUAAAGAGUUGCGGUAUCGAUUUCCAAAGAAUUGAAGAUAAUGGUAUUGACGUCAACGACUUUUCAGAACUCUUUAUAUCAUCAGGAAUUGUUUUAAACGAAAAGAUCAAUUGGAUUUGCUUUCAUGGGGGUUACGAUUUUGGUUAUUUAUUAAAGGUUUUAACAUGUACAGAUUUACCAAAGAAAGAAUCAGAAUUUUUUGAUCUCUUAAAGAUUUAUUUCCCAUGUAUUUAUGAUGUAAAGUAUUUAAUGAAAAGUUGUAAAAAUUUAAAAGGUGGUUUAAGCGGUUUAGCUGAAGAUUUAAAUGUUGUCAGAAAUGGUCCACAUCAUCAAGCGGGCAGUGAUUCUUUAUUAACAACAUCAACAUUUUUUAAAUUAAGAGAAGAGUUUUUGAAAAUGAAAUUCAUGAUCAUAAAUAUAAAG